UUAACAUUUUUUAUUAAUAAGUUUCUAAUGAUUAUCAAACAAUAGAAGAAAUAAAUUAAUGAAAGACUUUGAAAGUACAAAGCCAAUCACGGAGCUAAAUAAACAAGAAACAAAGUGAUAAAGCUACAAUCUAAUUAAUGUGAUAUAUAUUGUUAACUUGAAAAAAGUUAAGACUAAAAAUAGCAUUACUAAAGUAAUAUCUUAAACAUAACCAUAAAUGUGAAGAAGAAGUAGAAGAAAGAAGAAAGAAGAAAGAAAAGAUAAGAAAGGCAUAAAAGGAAGAAGUAAUGAGUAGAGGCAGCGACGCUUUUUGUUGCUUUGGUUGUCAUUCGUAACUAAGCUGGUUUUAUAGUAACGGUCAUAAUUUUGGUUUUAAAUAAAAAGAACCAAUUUUAAACUUUAAAAAGUAAAAAAGAGAGAAUUGUAAAUGUGUAAGCAGUCGACCGUUACACCGAACCUAACGCCAAGGCUAUUCCUUCCCUACCCUACUUCUUCCUCCUCCUCUUCAAAUUCUCUUCCUCCAACUUCGGUCCUUUCUUCAUCAUUUCAACCAUGGUCUCCAAGAUCAUCAAAAGAUCCCCCACACACCCCUUCCGCCGCCACCGCCGCAAGUCUCCAAUCAAGAAUGCCUCCUCCGCCGUCGUUGCCACCAUCAACCGCUCUCUCUACACCUGCCACCGCCGUCUUCUCAAGAUCUUCUCCAAGCUGGCCCGUAUCAGCACUCCCAACCGCCACAAAGGCUACAAAUCAUUGAGAAAAACCUCUUCUUCCUCCUCUUCCUCCUCUGAAUCCGACAUUGUCCGAACCCUAGUCUUCGACAACCGUCUCCUCCCUCCUCUCAUUUCCCCGGCCAAACGGACCGUUCUCCUCGACCUAGACGAAACUCUGGUCCAUUCCAAACUCGAUCCACCGCCGAAGAAGUUCGAUUUCGUAGUUAGGCCGAGAAUCGACGGCGAAAUACUCAACUUCUACGUGCUGAAACGCCCCGGUGUGGAUCAAUUUCUUGAAGCCCUAGCGGAUAAAUUCGAAAUCGUGGUGUUCACAGCGGGAUUGAAGGAAUACGCGUCGCUUGUGUUGAACCAUUUGGACAAGAAAUCGGUGAUUUCACACAGACUGUAUCGCGAUUCUUGUAAGGAGGUGGAUGGGAAAUAUGUGAAGGAUUUGUCUGAAAUCGGGAGGGAUUUGAGAAGAGUAGUGAUUGUGGAUGAUAAUCCAAAUGCUUACGUUUAUCAACCGGAAAAUGCGAUUCCGAUUCCCUCGUUCGUGGAUGAUCCGGCGGACAUGGAGCUUCGAAAAUUGGUAAGGUUCUUUGAGGUAUGUGAUUGUUACGAUGAUAUGAGAGAUGCUGUAAAGCAGUAUCUGAGUAGAGAAGAAGUUUGAAAUCGGUGAGUUUGUUUGUUUGUUUGUUGUUCAUUGAGAUGAUAUUAUAUGAUUAUAAUCAAAUGUUGAACAGUGAGUGUUCAAUUUCAAAUGAAAAAAAAGCAACUCUUUUUUUUUUUCCCUCUUUGUGUAAUUCAAAUUCAAUCCAUAAUAACACAAUUAACAGUAUAAGAUUUGGCAGA